AUGAUUGAUCGAAUCUCAGAUGCUCGCGAAGCGUAUCUGAAACUUGAGGUGCUCUACGGUGACACAUCUGCGCAGUCAAUCUUUGUUGCAUGGGACAAAUGGGGGAAGGUAAAAUAUCAUCGGAGAAUGCCUCCUGGUGACUUCGUGGAAAGAUUCAAGAACGGUCUUCAAGACGUCAGAGAGCAGUCGGUCGAAGUUCCGUCUACUGUGGUGCUGGCCGUGUUCCAACAGGCCAUUAAAUCGCAUCCGGAGUCAACCAAAUAUAUGGCGGACAUGAGGGUCGAUGCCCAUGAUCCAGAACUCAUGGAAAAGGUUUAUCCAGAUUUUAUCCGGAGCCAGCUUCCAGCACAAGGGUCCGUUUUAGGUGUGCACAAGCGCGUUAAGUGA